UUGUCGCUUGCAUUCGAUCAGCUGUUUGCGUGGCUCUUUCUGUGUUUGCACGCCUUUUAGCCGAACUUAAUUUAUUUUAUUUGAAAUAAUGUCCGAGUUCCAGGCCGUUGUUUUUGCCGCUGGACGUGGCACUCGUCUACCCGAGGUCCUGGGCGAUGCCCCCAAAUGCCUGCUGCCCGUGGGUCCAUAUCCUCUGAUUUGGUAUCCCCUGAAUAUGCUGCAACAACACAACUUUUCAGAGGUCAUUGUUGUGGUGCUGGAACAGGAAAAACUGGAGAUCCAAUCGGCGCUGGAAAACACUCCCUUAAAGCUGAGACUGGACUACGCCACGAUUCCGAGUGACGGUGAUUUCGGAACCGCCGACAGCCUGCGCUACAUAUACGAUAAGAUCAAGUCGGACUUUCUAGUGGUCAGCUGCGACCUGGUCAGCAAUGUCAGCCUAUAUCCGCUGAUCAACAAGUUCCGGGAACACGAUGCUGCCCUCGCAAUGCUCCUGUUUCCUAGCGGAUUCGAGUCGGACGUGGUUAUGCCCGGUCCCAAGAGCAAGCACAAGCCGGAACGCGAUUUGAUUGGCAUCCAUGCGGCCACUCAGAGAUUGGCUUUCGUGUCCGCCGCCAGCGACUGCGAGGAAACACUCAACAUUCAGCGGCAUCUGCUCAAGAACCGCGGUCGGUUGGAAGUAUACAGCCGACUGGUGGAUGCUCAUGUGUAUGUGCUCAAAAAAUGGGUCAUCGAUUACCUACGAAGGAAGGAGAAUAUCUCAACUUUUAAGGGCGAGUUUCUGCCUCACUUGAUUAAGAAGCAGCACUCAAAACGACCUCCGAAAACGGUGCAGGACACCACCUCUGAAGUGGGCGUGGUCACCAAGAAUGAGGACCAUGUUUUGCAUUAUGUGGACCACAGCAUUUUGGACCAGAAGAUCACGCAGACUUCACUGUUCAACCAAUCUCUAUCUCAAGCCCCCUAUCAUGGCGAUGUUGUGCGUUGCUAUGGCAUUCAGGCGCCCAAAGAUGCCAUCGGUGUGCGGGUGAACAACACUUUGAGCUUCUUGGCCAUCAAUCGCAAGUUAGCUAGCAUCUGGAACAACCUGUGUGGCGAAAAGCACCCACUGAUAUCUCCCGGUGCCAUUGUAAAAUCCACCCAAACGAAGGAGAUCAUAGCAGCCGACAAUGCCAAGUUGUCCGAAAAGACCUCACUGAACUUUAGUGUUUUCGGACCCAACUGCAUCAUCAAUCCCAAAAACAUUGUGGCCAACUCGCUCAUAAUGUCCAAUGCGGUUGUGGAGGAGGGCUGUAACAUCGACAACUGCAUAAUUGGCCACCGAGCGCAGGUGAAGAGCGGAUCCGUGCUGAAGAACUGCAUCAUUGGACCCAAUUACGUGGUGGAGGAGGGCACCCACAGCCAGGCAGUGCAUCAGUCCAACGCGGAUCAGUUCAUGGAGAUAGAUAUACAGUGAGCGACUAACUUAAUGUGGCUUCCUUUAUUAACGAAUUGAGUUAGAAGGCGGAUUCUUCUAGCAGGACAUUAAAUAUUACAAAUAGGUACACAAAA